AUGCGUCUGCUAUACUUCGAAGUGGUCGCGCUGGCCGCUGCUUUCGCUUCGAGCGAUGCGGUCCUGACUGCCGUCGACCCGGAGCCUCAUCUCGAGUCUGACGUCACUCUCGUGCUUCGUGAGACGGAUGAAUCCGUCAUCGAAGCAAGCGGGGCGAGAUUGUUGAGGGCCGCUGAUACUGUAGGCGGCCUUCCUCCCAUAAUGGCUACGGAGGACGAGCUGAAGGACGAGCAGAAGGAGGAGGAGAGAGGUGGUGGUGGUGUGGCCAUGGAAGAAGCCGGAAAGCUCUUCAAUGUUGCGGCACGAAAAAUCAAGAGCGAGACGCUAACAAACUCAGCGAAAAACAUUAAAGCGAAAGUGGAUGCAAUCGCUACGAAGCAAAGCCAGAAUUUGGCGAACAUUCAGUUGCGGCUGCUGAAAAAAGUCCUUCCGCUCGUGAAGAAUUUCCCGAAAACGGAGGAGAUCAAGCCUCCACCAAGUAUCGCAGCCAUCGACACGGCUGUUCCCCAGACUUAUGUCCAGGCUGCAACAACGAAUCUUGCUAAGUUGGUUGGUCGAGCCAAGGCCGAUGUGGAUGCUGCCUACAAAGGACUUGCCGAGACCGCAUCUAAAGGGAUUGCUGAGGCCCCAACUUAUGCGAGGGGCUUUGUUAGUGCAGCCCACAAGCAAGUUGCCGACGUUGCAACCAUAGCUCUUGCUUCCAUCCCGACUCGUCCUAGGGCCGCAGUUGCUGCUGCCUAUGACGUUGUUUCCAGUACAGCACGUGGAGCAAUUGCUGCCACCCCGACCCGUGCCAAGGACAUAGUUGCGAGUACCUACAAUGGGUUUUCCAACCUCGCGGCUGCUGCCAAGGAAAGAAUGCCUAACAAUCCCCUCCCUGCUAGUUUUACGGAUAAACUUCGUUCAAUGGUGAAUCUCGGAAAGUCAAAGGCUCCUGCUGAGAAGCCCCUUGGUCCUACUAAAGAGCCCAUUAAAAUUGCAUAG